UUUAAGAAAAAGCAAAGCAAAACAAAAAGAAAUGGCAAAGAACAUUAACUCAGUUUGUUUCACCGUUCUCUUGGUUGUCUUUAUCAUGGCUACCACUGAAAUCCUGAAGAGCGAUGCUGCACCUGCAUGCUUCACGUUCUUAGACGAGUGCGGCCCAGACCCGUUCCCUGGUACGAACGUUGAUUGCACUAAAUGUUGCAGAAGCACAUACAAGGGUCAACAUGUAUGUAAAGGGGUUGUUGAGGGAAGCGAGAACCACUGCCAUUGCUACCAAAGAACAAAAAAAGAGUGACUGCUGUUUUCGUUGGUUUUAAUGUGUGUUUACGUUAAUGUACAAGUUUCUUUUGUUUCCAAAUAAAGCAUGAAGGGAAAAGUUUAUCACUACUUGUCCCUAACUGCAGAAUUGAUGUUGUGUGUACUCUUGUUUUAUUCUCAAUAUUAAAUUUGGUUUGUUUAUGUUCCUCAUU